GAUCAUGUGAUGCACCACUCAGUGUGUGUAUAUAACCUCCUAACCAAGUCUCCUCUUAGUAACAAUGUCGAUCCAAGUACCACUCUUCUCAAAGUCGUUAUCUCAAAUCAAGCGACCAUUGCCUCCUUCAGAUCCACCAACCAGUCAAGACAUCGUACAUGCAAUUGUCUUCCUUGAGAAGGUGAAGGAGCUUUUUAGCCCUCCCUCAUUCAAGAGAAAACUGUGCCGGGACUACCGUGUGGCCACUGUUGACGACCUCGCGAAAGCGCAGCUGUAUCUACACAAGGUGUGUAGCGCAGCCACGGCUAGGACAGGUGGAAAUAUGAAUGAAACAUUGGUUCGGGUGGUGGAUAAUUCCGGGACUCACGGUCUGGAGCGACGGCUCGACUCUGAUUCCCAAGUAAGUGAGUGUCGACAGAGGUCCGGCUACCCCAAGCAGUCACCGGUUGAAAGUACACACUGGAAUCAUUCUUUCAACGACUUACAAUUGUAUGACCAGAUUCCGAUCUCAUGGGACCGUGAGGAUAAAGACCCAGAGCACUUCGAAUUGCCGCCUUUACGCACGAACAACGACUUCACCAACCUCACCGAUUAUCAAUUGGACAACUAUCUUUAUUACUAUAGAAUUGACGUUGAUAACCAAAGUACUAGGCAGACGAAAAUGCAUUGCCUCCGAUACUUUAUUAUUGCUUGUUCGAAGUCUUGUCUUGCUGCGUCUGACCCAGUACUUGUUUCGUGAAAAAAGUUUUACCAGUCAAUCUACACCCAUAGUAGUAGGAUUACAUGUCAAUACAGGGCGUAUACAUGUGUCCGUUUUGCCACUUCCUGCCGCCACCCCAAAGGCUAUCCAAAAGUGCUAUGAAUCAGCACCCACUACACACGACCCU